AUGAGUGAUUUCAGCAUUGAUUACAUUUUAAAUAGAGCCGGGGAAAGAUAUCUGGGGACAAACGGCUCCUUAGAUUUAAGGCAACGUUCAAAGGUGCACGACUUGCCACCGUAUGCUCUAAAUUUGAAUAUGGAAUUUUUAAAAAAAGCUCAACCCCACAAAGAACAGCAAUUAAAUCCUUCGUCACUUCAUCAACUGCCCAUGUUUGAUUGGUUACAGUACACACGUUAUCAUCCGCCUAAAGUGUCAAGAUCAAUGCGUCAGGGUAUCGUUAGUAAGCGAACACCCGGCCGUUUACCACGUAUACCAUUCACAUCCGCUCAACUACAAGCUCUAGAAAACGCCUAUAAAAAAUCCACCUACCUAAGUGCUGAAGAAGCCAACCAAUUAGCUGAUUCGUUACAUUUAACUAAUACACGUGUAAAAAUUUGGUUUCAAAAUCGUCGGGCGCGCGAGCGACGUGAAAAACGCGAAAAAGAAGAAAAUUAUGAAUCGACAUUGUCAUCAAAUGCCUCAAGCCCUGAUCCGGAAGAGAAUAUCUUAGAAAUUUCAUGA